AGCACGACCCCGUUGGGCGCAAACCGCGCUGAACCAUCGACCUCCAUUGUGCGACAGACUUAUCACCGCCCUGCCUGGCCUCUCGUCGCUGCAUCGUGCCGUUGGCGGCAAUGUACUCUGCCCAGACUCAGAACGGACUUGGGGAAGGCACGAUCAAUCCCGCUGCGCUCAAUUCAUCAGUUCUGUCGAACCAGUCCGCAACAAUAACCCCAGAUACGAGUCCGCGAGGCAUCAAGCGCAGCCACUCUCCCGAUACAUACGGCGACUUACCACCGGGAGAAAACUUGGGAGAGGAUGGUGACUCAAAGCCCCGAAAGCGAGGGCGACCGAUGAAAUCAACAAGAGUCUCUGGCACUGUCCCGGAAAGUCCUAACCAGCCAUCAAUGCCUCUGUCGCAAGUCGUUCCCCCGCAAACCCCUCAGUCGCAGACAGCACCUCUCCCGUCCCAGCUCAGUAACAUCACCCCAACUCAAGUAUCGCCACCCAAAACAACACCCACCAAAACUGUUAUCAAGGCCCUCCCUACCGUGAGGGACCAUACCACGGAUCAACUAGGACCGGAAGGAGACGAGUAUAUUCCCCGUGAAUAUGAUGAAGCGGGGGAGAAAAAAGUGACUGCCACUGGCCAACUCCUAGAUGGACGGGAUUACAGAUGUCGAACCUUCUUCGUUCCCAACAGAGGCGACAAGCUCUUCAUGCUGGCUACCGAAUGCGCCAGGGUCUUAGGUUAUCGAGAUUCAUAUCUAUUAUUCAACAAGAACAGGUCCUUGUACAAAAUCAUUGCUACCCAGGCCGAGAAAGAGGAUUUGAUCCAUCAAGAAAUUUUACCAUUUUCCUAUCGUUCCCGACAGAUUGCUAUCGUCACUGCUAGGUCUAUGUAUCGGCAGUUUGGUAGCAGGGUCAUUGUCAAUGGGAGACGUGUCCGGGACGAUUACUGGGAAACGAAAGCUCGGAAGCAAGGAUUCACAGAAGAGGACCUUGCUGGAGAGAAAAGACCUGGAGCAGCUAAAGCCAGAGAUGCAGCAGCAGCAGAAGCUAGUGCUACUGCCUCUUUGACCCUCGGACAUCAUGGGGAUAUUGUUUACAGCAACAAUCCUGGUCAUUUCGGUGUGCAUCCGCAACCGCAAACGGUUCAACCAGGGAUGAUAGGCGCGCCAGGGGGUGCUACUACGCUCCCUAUGAUCACUCUUGCUCCCGAGCAAACAGACAUGCGGUUGAGAGAUUAUAGUAAUAUUCAAAGACCUCGUCAAGAAAUCACCGGACCAGCCUACCAGGAUCGCACCCAGGCAAGCCCGCCAACUGAACUUCUCACACAGGCGCAUCAAGCUGCAGAGUAUAACAAACAGAUCACUAUGCAGCGCGCAAGAAGUCAGGAAUAUCUUGAACGGCGGUGGAGGCAGCCCCAUGAAGCUCCUCCGUCAAAUAUUGCUCCUCAGCCGAUUGGGACCAACGACGGCUUACCAUCUACUCAAGCCUUACAAUCUCCACGUACGUCGCAAAGCAGCACCCAACAACCAACUCAGUCACAACAGACGUCUCAACAUAUUCUUGCUGCUCAAUCUUACUCUCAAGCCCCGCACCCCCAGAACCCAAUUGCUCAAUCACCUAUGAGAGGCGUUCCACAAAGUUCUAUGAGACCUGAUCAAAUUGGGAGGUCUCCCGGUCUCUCUUUAGGAGCUGCCGGUCUUGGGCAGGGAGGUAAUCCUUAUGGAUUCUCGCAGCAAAACACUAUGUGGGCAUCAUCUCAGCCCCAGCAGUCACCACAGCACUUUCCUGGAUAUGGGUCUCAACCAUCUCCCCACAUUCAGCAAUCUCCUCAUCAAGCACCUCCUCAACUUCGCCAACAAGGAAGCAAUCCACAAAUGCAACCGGCGCUUCAGUAUCCUGGCAUGCCGGGAAUGACCCAAGGAUAUGGCGGCCCCGGACGUGGAAUGUAUCCUGAUCAAAACUCCCAACAAUUCAUGCAACCUCCUACCUCGGGACCUCCAGGACCACAAGGUUGGGCUGGCCAACAACCAACAGGAGCUGGAGCUAACUGGGGCUGGACAGGACAACCCCAAUAGCAGACCAUCCUCGAUUUACCAACGAUAAAUGUCUCACGAAGUUGAUGGAAUGACGAUGACUACGUAUCUGACCUAUGUGGAAGUCGCCAUGAUGGACCAAAACAACAAUACGUCCUAUACGCAUACUAGUAGUAAUGGAAGGAUGGAAGGAUAAUUUGUGGUUUCAGCAAGUAUCUGGUUGCAUGGGCCAGGUAGAGGAGUUGGCGUCGGUCUCAUUGAGUUGGAUUUCAUUUGUUUGUCCUG